AUGUUCUACAGUCAUGAAAUACUUACAUCACCCGAGCACGGGGUUGCUACGAUAUGGCUGGUUGCAACGCUAGGUUCGAGAUCCAUCACAAGAAGAUUGAACAAGAAGGCAAUACUGGACGUGGAUGUUCCGAAAGCUUGCGAGGUCAUCAUGGAUCCUGCAGCACCUAUGGCGUUAAGACUCCAGGGGAACCUACUAUACGGAGUCGCCAGAGUCUACAAUCAACAAUGUCGCUAUACACUCACAGAUGUGCAGGCAAUGCAUGACAGAUUGAGAUCAAUGUUGGGAGCUAUUCCCGGCACAGCCUUGGAUCCGACGGCUGGCAAAGCUAGGCCUGAUCAGCUCAUCUUGCCGUAUGACACGUCGUUCCUUCCUGAGAACAACCUACCAGGGUUGGGUUUGGAUUUUUUAGGGUUGAAUCCGUCGAAGAAUGAUAGAGCAAGCCAGCAAUCCAGCUUCCUAUUACCAAUGACUCCUGACCUAAGUCUGACCGCUGCCUCGCGUAACUCCAGUCUGCAGCUUGACUUUGCGUCGCAAGAUCUAAUCCUGGGGGAUAUACAUGGGUUCGGUUCUGAGAGCGAAAUGACGAAUUCCAUUCAAAGGACCGUUCAACUUGGGCGGAUUGCAGCGUCGGCUCUCAAUGAUGAAGAGGGCAUUCUUCUGCAGCCUGACUUCGACUUUGAUGAAGACGGAAAUCUCAUUGAGCUUGGGGGGCUAAACGCUGCUGCUGAGGUUGAAAAGCGCAGCUCUGGCUGGCUUGACGCUGAGGCACCGGUCACUGGUGAGAUGAAACAAGGUGAAUUGAAUGACAUCUCCUGGGACUAUCAGCCAAUGCUAGCCGACGAGGGCAUGCAAGCCAUUACCGAACACGGACAGCCUACCCUUGUUUUCAACGGAGAUACAUCUAUGCCUCAAGCUCCUGAAGUACAACACUCGGAAGAGGUAGAGAAUGUAUCAGAGACUCGGGAGGCAACAAUGCGUCCGAAUCGAAGAAUCCCGAAAGCCGUUGCAACAGAUACUCAAACCGCCCUGCGAAACACUGAACUAGCUCAAUACAACAAUGAAUACGUGCGAAACAUGGCUGCUGCUCUAAAGCAGAAGCUGAAGAAUAGAGUGCCUACCCAGGCUAAGAAGAAUGCAGAGUUCUGGAUCUUCGGUCAGGGAAUUGGCUCAGUCGGCGUUGGGUUGGGAACUUCUCAUGUCCAGCAUCCUCUGCACUUCUUCUCCGGCGAGACUUUGUACGCAUCACUGACAAACGUCGAAAGAUCAAAGAAACGCAAAGGCUCUCCUUCGACAACUGAAGACAGUGAUGCUGAUUCCGAGAGUCGACGUGUUCGACGCAGGGAUGAGUCCGAGGAACAACUCGGCCGAGGUGGACUUCUUCAAGACGAUAACAACUUACAUGAUGAUAUAGAGAUUGGCCGUCAUGCCUCAUCAGUCCUUCGAGACGACUCGUCCCAAAUGCCCUGGAAUAUCACAACGUCCGUCCGAAGCUCCCGGCUUGGGCUGUCUGCCACAAGCAUCUUCCGUGGAUUUGGCAGCAUUAGUGACUUUUCUGCUCGGGGCAUUCGCGAUUCUGCAGCUUCCGUGCCUCCACCUGCAGCACCAGGCAGAGCUCGAAGUCGCCUAACAAGUGCAAGUCCCCUGGCUGGACGCGGCUUUCAGUACGAUUUGGAGGGCCUUGCGAUCCCAGGAACCCAAGAAGAUGAUGUGGAUUUCCUCGAAGACAUUGACCUAGCUGGCUACCUUCAGAGCGAGCUUGACGUUGGAACCAACGCUGAACCCAAGGAUGAGACUGAUAGGAAGCGAGCAGCCUUCCGUCACCAGCUGUUGAAAUCUAGUAUGGACCAGGAGAGCCUGAACUUUCUCGAGUUCCUCAACCUGCAACUCGAGGAGCCCGCUCGAGAUUCUGCAGAGCAGGGUACUGUUCAUGAGACUGAUGCUGGCUUCCUUCGUCUUGAUGCCUCUGAUGGUAAAGGAGUAGCAUUUUCGUUGCUCCUGCCUCCUGAAACUACCUCUCGUACAGUCGCCACGCAUGGCCUGAUGCACAUACUUACCCUGGCAACGAAGGGCUUUCUUUCAGUUCAUCAGGAGCCGUACGAGGAUGAGAGUACCGAGGAGUACGGCGUUCGCUACAAAUUCGGAGAGAUAUACUUGCGCUUCUCCGAGAUGUAG